AAACUAUUUAAACCGUUUUGAGCGGGUGCCUAGAAAACAAGAGGCAGCCUAGUCGAAGAGAGAAACUAGCUUCUAAUGUUCAAUUAGCGACUAAUGUUUAUAAACAAAAUACAAGGAAGGAUCGUAACUUCGGAUCGUCGGAUUGUUAUUUUUGCAGCGCGAUCGUGAAUAAAGGCUAAAGAGGGGAGCCACAAUGAGUUCCUUACCUGAGGCCACACGCUCCCUCAUGCAGGUUUUUAAUGGAAAACUGCAGGAUUUUACCAAUGAGAUUGAUAAUGUCCACAUGGUUUGGCUGGAGGAAAUCCAGCAGGAAGCUUAUCGCAUGUUUUCUAGUGAUUUCAGUACAGAGCCAGAACUCAUGCCUAAGACUCCAUCACAGAAAAAGUCAAACCGCAGGAAACGAGUGUCGAUGGAGCUCAAUGAGUCUCGCAGCAAAAGACGUUUCUCCAAGGGUAAACGCAGCAACUUGCGUCGCUCUUCAGUCCAGUUGACCCUGAACACCAUUUCUGAGCUCGUUACGCCGCACGUCCCGAACGACAGCUCAGAAAGCCUCACCGAGGAACCUGCUCGUCGCACACGCCGCAACAAAACCGCCGCUCCAGCUGAACCUGAACCCAUCAAACGCAGCACCCGCAACAAAGCUGCCACCAAAGCCGAGGAAGAAGUAGUGGAGGAAGUUCCAGAAGUGAAACAAGCCUGUGAGGAUUCAACAUCCAAUAAAGAUCAGCUCCUGGUGUCUGCUGCUGUUGUGAAGAUUCCCUCCUCGGAGCGUCUGAGUGCGGAGUCGCUGCUGAACAGCGGUCAGUCUCCUGGAAGAUCUGCUAAUAAAAUCCCCAUCGCUGCGUCUGGGCUGCAGAACACUCCUCAGGGAUCUUCUCGGACAUCAGCUCGCAGGUCUCUGGUGGUGCGACGCUCGCUUGUCGGACUCAGGCAUAGCAUGACUCAGGAAGCUGUUCGCAGGGCGUCCCGGCGAUCUUUCCUGAAGAAGAAAGCCAGACUGGGAAACUCCACCUGCAGCAGCUCCGUCAGCGAGGACAUUUGUAUGGAUGUUGAACCUGAACCUGAGGACAUGGACAACAGAGAAGAAAAGGUUGAUGCAGAACCAGCCACUGAAACCAGCCCUGAACCAGAGAUCAUCCAACCUCAGGAACCGGAACCUAAGAAGAUGGAAGAAAAGGAAAUUGAGCUAACAGAAGAGAAACUGCCAGAAGUGAUUAUUGAAUCUCCCAGCACUACUGAGAACUGUCGUUUAACACGAUCCAAGGCUCGCACUUCAGUAACAGAUGACAGUGGAGGGUCAAAGUCCAUUGGAGAUGGCCGGUCUACACGAUCAGGCUCUAAACGUCGUGCUGGUGAAUCAGAGAUGAGCACGCCAAAGAAAAAGAACACACCUCCGAAGAAGUGCCUCACGAGUAUCGCUCCACACAUGCGUUCAUUCGUGCACACCGUACAGAAGAACCAGAUCCUGAUGAUGACGCCUGGAUCUCUAGGCCGCAGCACCAUUAUGAAGUCCUUCAUCAAGCAGUCUGCCACCAAACCUGAUGUCAAGUUGGGCUCUGGCUCUGUGGAGCGGGAACGGCAGAAGUGGGACGCCCUGAACAAGAAGAUCGAGCAAGAGAACGAGCGCAAGAAAAAGAUCGAGGAGGAGAGACGGAAGAAACAGGAAGAAAUGAAAAAGAAACGGGACGAGCGUUUGAAACGGGUUGUAGAGGCUCGAGUGAAAAGCGAAAAGGAGAAGGAGCAGGAAAAGAAAAAGAAGAUCGAAGAAAAGAUGGCACAGCUGGAGAAGAAAAACGACCUGCUGCGAGUGGAGCGGAUGGCGGAGGAGAAAGCCAAGAGGAAGGUGGCCACUAAACGACAGGAAGAACUGGAGCUGCGCAGGAAACAGGAAGAGGCGGCGAGACAAAAGAAACAGCAGCAAGUUGAGGAGGAGGAGAGGCGAUUUCAGGAAAUGCAGGCCAAACGCAAGGCUGAGGAGGAGCGAGAGAAAGCCCGUAAACUUGCCGAAGCCACACGCGCUCUGGAGCUCAAGAAAGAGCAGGAGCGAGAACGGGAACGCGAAAGAGAGAGAGAAAGGGAACGCGAAAGAGAGAGGGAGAGAGAACGAGAGCGAGAAAGACAAGCCAUCGCUGAAAAAGAAAGACUGGAGAAGGAGAAGGCUAUCGCUCUUCAGAAGGAACUGGAGAGAGCAGCCAGAGAAAAGGAGAGGAGAGAAAUAGAGGAGAAGAGGAAGAUGGAGGAGCAGAGAAGGGCUGAACAGGAGAGAGAAGCUCAACUCAAACAUGCUGCUGCUGCUGCCUCUACAGCCACAGCACAGGUCACUAAAACAGCAGCAAAUAUCCUCAACACAACAAUAACUAAGAGUACAGCUCUGAACAUGACUGUAGAUAUUGAGAAUUCAGUUCUGAAAACACCAGUUGGGAAAGGAGCUGCUCAUAAUAAGACUGUAGAUCACGGAGCAGGCCUCAACGUGACCGUUGACAUUGAGCAAUCUCCACAGUCCUACCAGAUCACUCCUAAAGGGCAGAAAAUCACUGUUUUAGUGAAUCCAGAGGAUUACGGCAUGGACCAGAACAGCGACGACUCAACAGAUGACGAGUCUGCACCCAGAAAACCCAUCCCAUCCUGGGCUGAGGGUGAAUUCUCCACCACGUUUGGGAAAUAUGGGGCAUUAGUAAACAGAUGUAUUUUUUUUCCUUCUCUAUUUUAUCUGUCAUCCUUUUUAUGUGUUCUCUUUUAUACUCUCUUUAAUAAAGCCUUUUAAAAAUCUACAGGUAAGUAGAUUACAUAGAAAAAGAUGGCCGUGGCAUUUUGCCCACAUAAUUCACUUCACAAAGAGUGUCAAAUUACUCUGGACUGUUAAUAAAAGGUAAAAAUAUUUAAA